AUGGCUCCUGGUCGUGCAAAGUUUCCAGCCAAGAAACCACAAAAACAUCGACCAGUAGCAGCAGAACAACCAUUGCAUCCAUAUGAAGUGGAGCGCCUCCAACAAUGUAUGAGGAACAAAGCAAGGCUAAAAGAAUUUGGAAUUCAUGAUCUAGUCGAUGUGCUUUCAAAUGCAAAUUCUAUUGCUCACAAGAAGAAUAAGCUAAAUUGCAGAAAUAGAGAAAACUCCAAGGAUGAGUAUGAUCCGACAAAUAAUGACACUGAUGAGGAGGAUCUGCUUGACGAUGACACUCCUGAGAUUGAGGAUAACAUGACUAUUGGAGGUGAGGCUACUACUAAUCUUGGUGUCCAGAAUGAGAUAACUAAUGAAGAUGUACAACUUGUUGAAAAUGAUCGAAGGGAGAGAGGAGUGAAUAUGAGACAUGGUCUUGAGAAGAUGAGUCGAGCUAUGCAUGGGAAGCUACAAAUUGUUAUUCCUGAAGGGGGGAUAAGGCCCGUGGCACCUUUUGCAGCUGCUAAGUUUGCAACCGAAUGCAAUAUUGCAGUCAGGAACCAUAUGCCGGUGUUAAAGCAUUGGAAGGAUUAUAAGAAGAAUUCUGCUCUUUUACAACAAUUUAGAGGAACACGUAAAGCAAAGUUUUAUAUCAAUACCAAUGAUGCAUCUGUUCAAAAAGCCUGUUUUGGCAUGAUGAAGAAUGCAAUCCGUCAACAACAUCACAGGCUUAAAAAGCAAUAUUUUGAUCCUUUUCCAUUGCAUUUGGUGAGCAAAUCUUCUCCUAUCAAAUCAAUGACUGAUGAACAAUGGAAUGAUCUUGUAGAAUCUUGGAAGAGACCAAAAAAGAUGGAGACAUGUCAAAAGAGCAGAAACAACCGAUCUAAUGUGAAGCACCACCACACAACUGGUUCUCGUAGUUACCUAGUUCAUGUAGAAAAUUUGGGAGACAAAUAUAUUGAUCAUGAACCUGAUGCAUUGGAGUUGUUCAAGGAGUGUCACUAUAGCAAGAAAAAGAAAGGGUUCACACUUGAUGUACAAUUAGCCAUAUCUGAAAUGGAAACUAGAUUGUCUGCAUCAAGAGAAGGUGAACAAUCUUUGUCUCCUACUAAGGUUGUUGCUGAUGUGCUUGCUGAGAAAACAAAGAAGAGUUCAUUUCUAAAGAAUAUUGGGAUUCAUAAUGCAUGCUCUAGGCCUAGCAUAAGAAGCAUCGAAGCGCAACUUGAAGCGGAGAAAAGGGCAAAUGGUGACCUUCGAGCUGUUGUUGAUGCCCAACGUGAACAAUUGGAUUUGCUAUCAAAGCAAGUGAAAGAAACAGAACAGGGAAGAAUUAGAGAGCAAGAUGAAAUGAAGAAGAAACAAGCUGAGAUGGAAGCAAAGCUCCAGCUCGUGCUAAGUCAGAUCAAGUCAACUUGA